UUUCACUCACUCUCCUCUACAUAUAUUAUCAGCACUGCACGUCGCCCAAAAUGCUCGCAUCACGCUUCCGCACCCUCCGCCCCCUCAGCAUGACCGUCACGCUCGCCACCUCCGCCACGCCCCUCACGGCCAAGACUGCCGCCGUCCUCGGCUCGCGCGCGCUCUCGAGCCGCGCCAGCGCCGUCCUCAAGGCCCUCGACAUCCCCACCGAGGGCGUCAUCCCCGGUGUCUUUGACGGCGCGUGGGGCGGCUCCGGCCCCAUCAUCGAGACCAAGUGCCCCGCCACUGGCGAGGUUAUUGGCCGCGUCCAGAGCGCCACCGUCGACGAGACCCGCCUCGCUAUCGCCAAGACGGUCGAGGCCUCGCGCGCCGUCCGCGCCAUGCCUGGCCCCAAGCGCGGCGAGGUCAUCCGCCAGAUCCGCGAGGCGCUCGCCGCCAAGACGUCCGACCUCGGCGACCUCAUCUCGCUCGAAAUGGGCAAGAUCAAGUCCGAGGGCAAGGGCGAGGUCCAGGAGUUUGUCGACAUCUGCGACCACGCCACUGGCCUCUCGCGCUCGAUCGCCGGCCGCGUCCUCCCCUCGGAGCGCGAGAACCACGUCAUCUACGAGAUCCCCAACCCGCUCGGCGUGGUCGGUGUCCUCUCCGCCUUCAACUUCCCCGUCGCCGUCUACGGCUGGAACUUUGCCGUCGCGUUUGUCGCCGGUAACGCCGCCAUCUGGAAGCCCUCGCCCACCACCCCGCUCUGCUCGAUCGCCGUGACCAAGAUCAUCCAGCCUGUCCUUGAGCGCAACGGCCUCCCCGCGGCCGCUGCCUCCCUCGUCGUUGGCGACGUCGACGUCGGCAAGGAGGUCGUCGGAUCGGGCGACAUCCCCCUCAUCUCGUUCACUGGCUCGGAGCGCGUCGGCAAGGAGGUCGGCAAGAACGUCCAGGACCGGUUCGGCAAGACCAUCCUCGAGCUCGGCGGCAACAACUGUGUCAUUGUCGACAAGGACGCCGACCUGAAGCAGGCCCUCCAGGGUGUGCUCUUCGCCGCCGUCGGUACCGCCGGCCAGCGCUGCACCUCAACCCGCCGUCUCCUCCUCCACAAGGACAUUGCCAAGGACUUCCUCGCCAAGCUCCUCACCUACUACGACUCGGUUACCCCCUCGUCGACGCUCAAGAUGGGCGACCCCCUCGACCCCGCCACCCUCAUCGGCCCCCUCCACACCGAGGUCUCGGUCAAGAACUACCAGGCUGCCAUUGACGGCGUGACCUCGCGCGGCGGUGAGCUGCUCACCAAGCGCUCGGGCAAGAUUGUCGACGGCCCCACCGAGGGCGGCCACUGGGUCUGGCCCGUGGUGCUCCGCCCCAAGAUUGACGACCCCUGCUGGCAGGAGGAGGUGUUCGCGCCCGUCCUCUACGUCGCCGAGUUUGAGACCAUCGACGAGGCCGUCAAGAUCAACAACGCCGUGCCCCAGGGUCUCUCGUCGUCGCUCUUCACCAAGAACCUCCGCACCAUGGGCCGCUGGCUCGGCCCCGAGGGCUCGGACUGCGGUAUCGUCAACGUCAACGUCGGCACCUCGGGCGCCGAGAUCGGCGCUGCCUUUGGCGGCAACAAGUCGACCGGCUGGGGCCGCGAGUCGGGCGGUGACGCCUGGAAGCAGUACGUCCGCUGGUCGGCGGCUACUGUCAACUACGGCGACAAGCUCCCCCUCGCCCAGGGUGUGAGCUUUGGCACGUCCGACUAGGCGAUGAUCUGAUGAGAGGAGAAACAGCCCAAGGGGCGCGCACGCAGCCGCCCCAGAGUGUAUCAUUACAAUUCUAGUGCACGUUGGUAUCAUGUUAUGCAGUUUUGGAAGAACCUUGGAGGGG